AUGGCUGUGGCGACUGCUCCCCGUAAGACGGUCUCCAUCUACGACUACCCUGAGCAUUUGAACCCUUUCCACGAGGAGGAUAAUCAUAACAAGAUACGCUUUUGGAGUUUAGGCAGACGACUCAAUCGAUCUAAUAGCAUCAGUUUUUCUGGACUAAAGGACCUAAAGAACUCAUGGGCUUUUCGAUCGUUUAUGAAAAAGGGGAAGAAAGGCCAGCAGGCGCCGACAGAAAAGUCAAGUAGCCAGACAAAUGGCCAAACCUCACCUAUUGUGUUCCGAAGGGGACAUCAAUACUCGAUAGCUACGCGAAGCACUGUAGGAUCACCAGAGAGAACAGAUCGCUAUGUGUACGGCGGUUCAGUCACUCCUCUGCCACGCUCUCGGUUUCAAGAGCGUUUACGAAGCACCAGUAACCACGAGGUAAACUCACUCAGUGCCACCCCUCGCAUGGCUCGCAGUGAAGUUUGUGGAUCCCGGUUAAGCGUAGAAAGUACGAACCCUUUCGAUGAAGACGGACCUGUGCCGCCGGUACGAGCUUCACGACGUAAGAAGAAACGAGCGCCGCUGCCACCUCCAGGAACCGUUGCAGUUACACCGGAUACCACGCUGGACACAACAGCUGACAGUAUAGCCGACACUACGGUUGAUAGUAUCGCCGACACAACGGCUGAUAGUAUCGCCGACACAACGGCUGAUAGUGUCGCCGACACAACGACUAGCAGUACCGCUAACACUACGGUAACCAGUACCGCUCCUGAACUACAAAUAAUUGAAAUCCAAGAAAAUAAACUCAACAGCCCUAAUGCAGAAUUAGAAUUGGAAGAUGUUAAUUUGAACAUUGAGCUUAAAAUAGUUGAAGACGAAGACAAUAAAAAUAAGGUGAAUGCAAUAGCAGAAGCACCGAGUACUAAAACGGAACAUAAUAAUGAGAUAGUUGAAUCCCUCAUAGUUGUAGAAUCUAUCCAAACAUCUAAUAUAGAACAAACUGAAACAAAGAGACAACCUAAUGGUGAUAUGCCUACAGCCAACGACGAACCAAUAAGAAAUACUUCUUCGGAAGAAGAUAUUCUUAAUUCGGCCACAUUCCGUAAAGUAGAUAUUGUAAAAUAUAGAAGAAACUCGAGCGUUAAUGAAGACGAUAUACGUUUGCGACGAGGUAAUUUAGAGGAUUUUCAAUCUUUGUCAAAUAAGAGAAGUAAAAGUCUCGGUAACACCUUUGACUCCACAUUUACGACCUACGAUAUUAAUUUAAAUGACACGAUGCAUAUGGACACAAAUGGAAAUGAGGAGCCACAUAAAGUAGUUUGCAAACUUUACGAAGAUACACCACGGAAACAGAGCAUUGAAACCAUUUCAAGUACAGAAAAGGAGUUUCUAGAAAUAGAUAGAGCUACAAGAGAGCUUGAAAGAGAAAUUAACAAAUUAAAUUCUGCGCUACAUGAAGAUCUUCCUGAAACAGGGGAUAGAUUGUCAGUAUCAGAGAUCAAAAGGAGGUUUGAUAAAAAGGAUGUGUCAUCACCAAAUCCAAUACCUAAGCCAAGAAGAAGUCAUUAUGGAGGUUCUAGCACACCGUAA